AUGGCGCCAGUCUUCGACAAACAAGAAAUCCUUGUUGUUUUUGUGUUGGGGGGACCCGGUGCAGGGAAAGGCACUCAAUGCACGAGGCUUGUGGCCGAAUACGGAUUCGCUCACCUUUCCGCUGGCGAUUUGCUACGAGUCGAGCAGCAGCGAGAAGGCUCUGAAUACGCACCAGUCAUUCAAGAGCACAUCAAGGAGGGCAAAAUUGUACCUAUGGAGAUCAUCCUGAAGCUGAUGCAAGAAUCUAUGGGACGCUCCAUCGCGGACGGGCACACGAAAUUCCUGAUUGAUGGCUUCCCCAGGGAGAUGGAGCAGGCAAUCAAGUUCGACGAUGAGAUUUGCGAGUCCGCCUUUGUCCUGUUUUUGACGUGCCCAGAGGAAAAACUUCUUCCAAGACUAAUCGAAAGAGGCAAAACAAGUGGCCGGGAAGACGAUAACGAGGAAAGCAUCAAGAAGCGUUUCCGCACGUUUGUGCAGACAUCAAUGCCGGUAAUUGAUUAUUAUUCAUCGAAAGGAAAAGUCGCUCAGGUUGACUCGUCGGGAACGGUGGACCAAAUCUACAAGGAUAUUCAGGCUGCCUUGGACGUAAGACUUGCGAGCCGUGCUUCCUUGACUGAACCUUCUGAACCUCCUAAGGCUACAUCAACAACUACUUCACUGGCUCCUUCUACCGUUGAGGAAGAAAUGACCGUCCCUGUGUCCAAAAAUAUUAAACCUGCUGUUGCGGGUGAAACACCCAAGCCAAGAAACUAG